AUGAAGUAUACAUUUAUUUCGGUUCCUGCUCUGGGAGACAAGCAAAACACCUAUCUAAACAUCAAGGGAAAGCUGACCGAAUAUGCUCAAGUAUACAAGAUGAAUAUUCCUGAUUUCAAGAUUGGUACUUUGGAUGCCUUGGUGCUCUUGUCUGAUGAUCUUGUUAAAUACGAUACUGUAUUUGAGCAAUCUGUAAACAAGCUGGCCGACAUGCUCAACACCUUGUUGCGAGGCCAACAAGCCAAUUUGCAAGACCAGUUGUUAGUGAAUGAUAAGCCUAUUGACCAGUAUAUCUCCACCUUUACAUGGAAUGCCAUGAAGUAUCGCACCGAUAAGUCUUUGCAAGAAACCACUGCAACCUUGAGCCAAGAAGUUACAGCCAUCGAUAAUGUCAUGAAGAACAAGUUGAAUUUGUAUACCCAGAAUAAGAACGCACUCCAAACAUUACAACGCAAGCAAACGGGUAAUUUAUCAGUUCGCAACUUGAAUGGCAUUGUCAAGAAGCAGCAUUGUGUUUUGAAUUCAGAGUUCUUGACCACCUUGAUUGUUGCUGUUCCCAAGACACUUUUCAAGCAAUGGAACAACAGAUAUGAGACGCUGACGGAUAUGGUCGUCCCUCGCUCCUCAGUUAAGAUUGCUGAGGAUGAAGAGUUUGGAUUAUUCACUGUUACAGUCUUCAAGAGAACUGUUGAUGAGUUUGGUCAUAAGGCUAGAGAAGAGAGAUUCAUUCCUCGCGAUUUCACUUAUGACGAAGAUGCUUUGCAAACCCAACAACGUGAAAUAGAGGAGGCAUAUGCUACUGAGCGUGAGCAACAAGCUGAAUUGCUGCGCUUAACAAAGACAAACUUUGGCGAAACCUUUGCUUCUUGGCUGCAUCUCAAAGCUCUUCGAGUUUUUGUUGAAUCAGUGCUCCGUUACGGUUUGCCUCCUGAUUUCUGCUCAGUUACCAUUUCACCAAAGCCUAAAUUCGAAAAGAAGAUUGAUGAAACGCUCGUUGCUCAAUAUGGUCGCUUGGGUGGUGUUCACGGUCAAGCUAUCAAGAGUGACAACCAAGAUGAGCUCUUGGAUCACGACUUACAAUCUGUCAACGACAGCAGUUACCGACCUUAUGUUCAAUUUGAACUCGAUUUUGAUUAUGAACGUAGAUAA